UUAAGUACCCUGAACUCUGACGUUACUGAUUCAAUGUCAUGUUGCUUGAGAGGUUUUUCCGAAAACACUUUCGAUGAUAUAAAAUAAAGAUGCUUAUUAUAAUCUCUCAUCAACUUCCCUUCAACUUCAAGCGACAUUGUGAAUCUCUCCACAGGAUUCACAUAGCUUAAUUGGUCGUCACUUUGCAAGUGAAGACCAAUGGAAGCAUAGAGGAAGUAUGAAGGACGACAAAAUUUCCCAACUUUUUUAUUCUGCGUCCCUUCCUUCACGACUGGAUUGGGCUCACUUUCUUGUAUUGUUGCUACCUCGAAGGUAUAUUGGUAUAAAUCUAUGGCGGUCUUUUCUGGGACAUCGUGUACAUGUUUUUGCGAAGGAACAACUGGAUUCCAGAUGAGAAUGAAUGAAAACCGUUUUAGAUGUCUCAUUCUCUUCAUUUUCAUCUGUAUUUGUUUGGAAGGAAAACAAUUUUGUAACGGUCAUGAAUUGGACCGAUCAAAAAGCCGCGUUCUGAAGUUUCUCCCGUCAAGCCAGGCGGGUGAUUUCAACAGACAUAAAUAUAGUACGUUGAUGCCAGUACUCCACAACAGAACAAAGGCAGAAAAAGGAAAGACAGCCCAGCGAUCUAAUCAUGUUCAUCGUAUGCUGCUGCGUAACAGAGGCUGCCAUGGCGUCUUCUAUGCUGGUCUGGGCUGCUUUUCCACCAGGCCACCCUUCAACAACACCAGCUGGCGUCCGCAGAGACCAUCCUUCGUCGAUACAACAUUCCUUUUGUACACACGGAGGAACCCUACCGUAAACCAGACCCUCAACGCCGACAUCAGAUCCAGCAUCACAGCCUCCAACUUUAACGUGAGCCAGCCUGUGAAGAUCCUUGUCCACGGCUUUCUGCAACAUGGCCGUGUGCCAUUCCUCAUCAACAUGACCAGGGCUCUCCUAGAUGUCAGUCCAAUGAACGUGAUUGUGGUCAACUGGGGACAGGGGGCCUUAUUCCCGUACACAAUGGCUGUGGCCAAUACACGAGUGGUGGGGGCCGAGAUUGCCAAGCUGAUCCGGGUGUUGGUGCAAGUCACAGGGCUCUCCACAGAGAAUGUGCACAUUAUCGGACACAGCCUCGGGGCGCACGUGGCGGGCUACGCUGGAGCUCGCACACCUGGAUUGGGCAGGAUCAGUGGUCAUCAUUUCUUCUUGACCCUGGACCUCUCUCCCUCAAUGGACAGCGCUGAUGGCACUAUUAGUGUCAAGCUGACCGGACCUCAGGGCGAAUCACGAAUGACACCGAUAAAAACUGGACAAUUCAACCCCGGCGACGUGGUCACCGGAUUCAUAGUAGAGGAGGCAAAUCUGGGCGAAAUCUUCAGCGUGGAAGUUCACUUCCAGCAGACUAGUGGCUACUUCACGUACAGCACACAGCAGGUGAUUCUGCGCAAGGUGAAGGUCGACAACGUCAUGAGAAUGCACACGAAAUACUUCUGCCAGUCUGGCAUGACGAUAGACAGCACCCAAAAGAUCACUUUGGACAGUGGUAGCUUCGACCAGAGCAUCUGCCCUUGAGCGGACGCGAAUGCAAAAAACAAAACAAAACCCAAAAGCACACACACA